AUGAAACAUAUGUAUGGUCAAAGUAGUGGACGGCCCAUUUCCAUGUGUCUGGUUCCUCGUCCAAUGGAUAUAAUAUUCAUCUGUAAUUCUCGAAGCUCUUCACUUUCCGUCCUUUAUUUAUUUCUUCUGUUUUUCUGUAGAACGCUUUUGUGCUCAGACAAAGAAGUCCGAAAAUGCCAACAUCGAUAUUAUGAAAAGAGGGAAGAUAUAGUUUGUGUGUGCAAUGCGACAUACUGUGAUGAUGUACCAGAAGUGGGCAUCUUACAGCCGUUGCAGGCAGCUAUCUAUAAAACGAACCAACGUGGGAAGCGUUUCGUACGUACUGUCUCUUCGUUCAUGGAAAAGGCAAAUGGAGCUGGGGAAUUGAUUCGCUUAAAAAUUGAUAGUAAAAUACGGUUCCAAACAAUAAUUGGAUUUGGCGGAGCAUUCACUGACGCGGCUGGUAUCAAUAUCGCCUCGCUGAGUGAACCAACUCGAACUAAUCUGUUGCAGUCCUAUUUUGGAAAUACAGGUAUAAAAUAUACGAUUGGCAGAGUGCCGAUUGCAAGUACUGAUUUCUCAACUCAUCCAUAUUCAUAUGAUGACUCACCGAAUGAUUUUACUCUCAGCAAUUUCUCAUUGGCUGAAGAGGAUUUCAAGUUCAAGAUUCCUUAUAUCAAGCAGGCAGUAAACUUAACAGGUGGUAUACUCAAAUUAUUCGCUUCCCCAUGGUCAGCACCAGGAUGGAUGAAAACUAGUGGGCUAAUGAUUGGUGGUGGAGCACUACGUGGACCUCCUAAUGGGCCAUAUCAUGUGGCGUGGGCUAACCACUAUGUGAAAUUUCUUGAGGCAUACAAAAACAAUGGUGUGACAUUUUGGGGACUUACUGUUCAAAACGAGCCGGUAUCCGGCGUUGAUCUGUCAUACAAGUGGCAAACAAUGUAUUUUAGUCCCAAAACUGAACGCGAUUUUAUAAAACAUCAUCUUGGUCCAGUUUUACGGAGAAAUGAAGUGAGUCGGAAUAUAUCAUUAAUGAUAAUGGAUGAUCAAAGAACACAGCUACCGAUUUGGGCUGAUGUGGUCCUUAAAGACAAAGAGGCUGCUCAGUACGUAUCUGGCAUAGCAGUGCAUUGGUAUAGCGAUUUCGUGCCAGUGUCACAGCUUUCUGAAACACACAAUCGUCAUCCAAAUAAAUUCAUCUUCGGAACUGAGGCAUGUACUGGAUUCAAACCGUUUGAACACAGGCCGAUUCUGGGAGAUUGGUCGCGCGGCGAUAUGUAUGCUCAUGAUAUUAUUCAGGAUCUUUCUCAUUGGGUGUCUGGAUGGACUGAUUGGAAUCUCUGUCUUGAUUUGAGGGGUGGACCAAGCUUUGUCAAGAAUUAUGUAGAUGCACCAAUAAUAGUAAAUGCAACUGCUGAUGAAUUUUACAAACAACCUAUGUUUUAUGUUAUGGGACAUUUCAGUAAAUUCAUUCCGCCGGGUUCAGUCCGAAUUGAACUGCAUUUUUACGUGAAGCCGGUUUCAUAUGAAGGAGUUGCAUUCAUUACUCCAGCACAGCAACGGAUUUUGGUACUUUUGAAUCGUGACAAUAAAUCAGUGACAUUUUCGGUCGAAGAGAGAACUAAAAAUGGUAUAGCCCUUCGCAUAGAACUAGAACCGAAGAGUAUCGCAACUGUUGUUUGGAAUAAAUAG